UCUCUCUCUCCUCCCUCAUUAAGUGCCACACGCUCUCUGUUCAGGACUGUUUUGGACAAACGCAGAGACAAAGUUGACCUUCUGUGUCUUCUCGUGGCGAAAGAGCAUAGCAGUAUUCGAAAUCAAAAGAGCAACAGCAACACACAGCGGCACGCCUCGUCCUACUUUGAAGUUCACCCGAUUGCUUGUCGUCCACAUCUCAGGGCGCAUGAGAUGGAAAACGGCACACCGGGGAUACUUGACGAUGUUGAGAUGCGGUGGGAGAACGUGGAGUGCAAACGCUAUGAAGUUUGCCGCAUCAUCUCUCCGGCCAAGCUCACUCCUUAUCUUCGCCAGUGUAAAGUAUUGGAUGAGCAAGAUGAAGAUGAGAUUCUCAAUUCUCUUCUGCUGGUCUCCAAAGCAAACCGCACAAGUCGCCUUCUUGACAUCCUCCGCUCCAAGGGAGAGCGGGGAUAUGUGGUGUUUCUGGAGAGCUUGGAAUUUUACUAUCCGGAACUCUACAAACAGGUCACAGGGAAGAACCCCACACGUCGCUUCUCCACCAUCGUAGUCGAGGAGGGUCAUGAAGGUCUGACCCAGUUUUUAAUGAACGAGGUGGUGAAGCUGCAACAGCAGUUUAAAGCGAAGACCCUGCAGCACGUGGAGCUUAGCAGGAAGAACUGCACUCUGGAGGAUGAGCAGAAGAAACUACGGCUCGUAAACCAGGAACUUCAGACCUCGCAACAGAGAUACAACAAAAUGAAAGAAGAAAGAAACACAUACAGUGAUGAACUGCUGAGAGUCAAGGAUGAGAACUACAAACUGGCUAUGAGAUACGCCGCUCUGAGUGAGGAGAAGAACUUAGCAGUGAUGAGGAGCAGAGACCUCCAGCUGGAGAUUGAUCAGUUUAAGCACCGGCUAAACAAGAUGGAGGAAGAGUGUAAGAUGGAGAGGAAGCAAAGUCUCAAACUGAAGAAUGACAUCGAGAAUCGGCCCAAGAGGGAGGAGAUCUUUGGGCUUGAGCGGGAGAACGAGACACUCAAGAUCAAACUACAGGAGCUGCAGUCCAUCAUCCAGCCUGGUCCCCUGUCUACAUCGGAAAAAGACAUCCUUGACAUUUUGGAGCAUGACAGACAGGAAGCGCUUGAAGACCGACAGGACUUGGUCAAUCGCCUCUACAACCUCCGUGAGGAAGUCAGACAAGCAGAGGAACUACGAGACAAGUACCUGGAGGAGAAGGAGGACCUGGAGCUUAAGUGCUCCACGUUGCAGAAAGACUGUCAGAUGUACCGUAACCGAAUGGACACCAUUACCAUGCAGCUAAAGGAAGUGGAAAAAGAGAGGGACCAGGCCUUUCGGGCCAGAGACGAUGCCCAGCACCAGUUCUCACAGAGUCUGAUUGACAAAGACAAGUAUCGCAAGCAGAUUAGAGAAUUGGAGGAGAAGAGCGAUGAGCUCCAUAUUGAGAUGGUGCGGAAAGAAGCCCGGCUGGUCACACUGGAGUCUCGCCUGCGACGGCUCUCCAAGGACAUUGCCUUGGAUCAGAGCCUACCAAGGGACUUACCCCCAACCAUCCUCUGUCAGCGGGAGCUUAAACCUGCUCAGGGUCAGUCGGAAUGGUCCAGUGAUGAGUCACCAGAGGAGAGGAUUUUACCCGAGGAGUCCCGCCUCAGACGAAGACCCAAUCUGAAAGCAGUGAACAGAGCGAAGUCUCCCAGCUGGGUACCCAAAGACCUUCCAGUUAACACAGAGGCUGCUCAUCCUGCGGCCAAUGGUGUAGAUCUUCUUGAAAUUCAGAUGCCAAACAUGCAAACCAACAACAACUCCCUCCCUCCUUCGCCCAGUUUACCCCCUGCAUCCCCAACGUAUUCCCACAGUUUGAGGCCCACCCUGACUUUGUCCUCCUCUUCGCUCCAUCACUCCAUGACAGAACACCCCAACAGGCCGAAUAUACUGCGAUACCGUAAUGACAGCAUCCAAUCCAUGCAGCCUGAGCCCCCCGAAAAAGCAUCUCUGUACCGCAGAGAAAGGGAGAAUGAAAAUGACUUCCAGCCCCGCAGCCUCUCGGACUUUGACAGUGACACUAUGGAGUUGGAAUUUGAGGAUGACGUGGGGCAUGGCCCACCUUCUGUCCACUCAUCUUCGUCAUCCCAUCAAUCAGAAGGCAUGGACACUUACGACAUGGAGCAAGUCAACAAUAUCUUCAGGAAACUUUCUCUGGAAAGGCCAUUUCGUCCGUCUCUGUCUUCCUUGUCUAGUAUCAACUCGACCCGGAAGCCUGUGCAGGAGUUCACAUUACUAGGUGAAAACCUGCUAAAGGACACCACUCUUGUUGGCGGCAAUGACUGUGGGAUUUUCAUCUCAUCAGUCCAGCCGGGCUCUGUUGCUGACAAGACUGGCUUGCGAGAGGGUCACCGCCUCUUAUUGCUUGAAGGGCACGUACGUGGAGAGAACCAGAGGAUUUUGUUGGAAACCAGCACCCAGGAGGAAGCCCACUGGGUGCUGCAGCACUGCUCUGGACCGAUCAAGCUGCACUAUCGAGCCAACUUUGAUUCUUACCGUCGUCUUCAGAGGGACCUCGCGGAAGGCACGCGGGUUUCUGGAGAUUCCUUCUACAUCCGGGUCAACCUCAACAUCUCCAGCCAGUUAGACAGCUGCUCGCUGAGUGUGCAAUGUGAUGAGGUGGUCCAUGUCCUGGACACAAAGCCCCAAGGCCUAAGUCAGUGGCUGUGUGCCCGCGUUGACCCCUACAGCGGCUGCGACCUGCAAGACUGUGGGACUCUGCCGAGCAAUUCACGGGCUCAGCAGCUCCUCCUAGUAAAGAUACAGAAGUUGAUGUGUCGAGGCGGGAGAGAAGAGAAUGAAACUCCGCGUAACCUGAGGAACAAUUUGCAGGCAGAAGAAGGCAGCCCUUCUUCUGACCCCAAAGCCAGCCCACGCAUGUCGAGAGCAAGCAUCUUCCUCACUCAGAUCUUGCAGCUUGUCAGCAGGGUGGAUACCAAAUACAAGCGACUGAACAGCAAUGAGCGUGUGAGGAUCAUAACCUCCAGUAGCACAAUAUUCCCCAGACAAGGUUUAGACACACUCAGAGCAGAAGGUUUGAAAAUAGGAGCUGAAUUUUGGAAUUUAAGAUUCAGCUGAAGCUUUCAGAUGAGUUCAUUUUUGAUUGUGAUUUUGAUUAAUUGUGAGAUUCCUGCAGAGGUUAGACAGCUCAUGUGAGGCUUGUACAAAAUCCAGUGGCAAAGUGCUGUGAGCCUUGAACAAGGAGCCUGUUUGACAUGAAACCUGAAGGUGUCAUUUAAUGAUGCAGCACAAUUAAACUCCCACAUGUAUAGCGACUGUUGUGUAAGGUUUUGGAAUCAAAUGUUCAGGUUUAUGGGAGGUUUUGCACUCCUGGGACCCGAGGCAAUAUGACUCCACCUACACAGAUUUUUGAAUUAUUACAUCCUCCUUUACUAUUGUUAGGGAAGUGGUGAGUCAUGUGAAACUUAAAUAAUUUUCUGAAUAUUUGUAUCAAUAAGUGGAAGCCAUGGAGGCACAGUAGAUGGGCACAAUUCAUCCAUCCAUCCAUCCAUUUUCUGAGCCGCUUCUCCUCACUAGGGUUGCGGGCAUGCUGGAGCCUAUCCCAGCUGUCAUCGGGCAGGAACUGUGAGGCUGACGCUCUAACUAGUCGGCCACCGUGCCGCCGGGGCACAAUUCAUUGAGGUCCAAAUAGUUUGAUGUAAAAGGCCUGCUGCAAAACAGAAAGUGAGCAGGAAGAGAGUAAAGCUUUGAAAAUCAAACAAUACAAAAUGUAGUUGUAUAUUUUGUUAUACUACACUUUACGGACGGUAUAAAGGGAAUGGCGUGAGAUGAAUUUAACCUGUGAAUAUUUCUGCAUUCAUAGGUAGAGAGUUGAGUAUAGGAUAUAUAUUAUUGGCCGAUUGUCACUAAGCUGCUUUCACAUGUGUUCAUGCUCCUUUUUCUUAACAAGAAGCACCAGGCCAGAGUUACUUUAUUAGAUCACAGUUGGAUUCUGCAUUAGAAUUGAAAAAGGUUUAGCGCUCAGCUGCCUUCAAAUUAUGUUUCCGUUUCACUUUGUUUCCAUUUAUACAAAAUAUUUAAUUAUAAAGAAAACUGUCAAAGUUUUUUUUUUCCUUGGAACAGAUAUUUUGUUCGGGAUUUCCCCCGUAAUCAUCAUUAAUAAAAAUGAUCAAUUCAUCAAGAUAUUAUUUUAAACAUCAAUCAAAGGAAUUACAGUGGUCAUCCCUAAUAUAAGCAUAAUAUUUCCGAGAACACUUCUGAAGGAAAGAGUGUUCAUUUAAAUCAGUCUCUAUAACUUGUCUUUUCACGUGUCGUCUUUGGUGCAAGCAGACGCCACUGAUGCUGAGG